AUGGGAUGCAAUGCCAGCACAGCGAUGGAUGAGAGCGAUCCAGAGUAUCUGGAAAAGCUCCAAAACUCGAAAGUGGAGCAGAUGUUGAUGCAGAGCCAGCAGACCGAGAAGAACCAGGUGAAGCUUUUAUUGCUUGGGGCUGGAGAAAGCGGAAAGAGUACUGUUUUGAAGCAAAUGAAACUAUUGCACAAGGGCGGGUUCACGUACCAGGAGAGAAUGCUCUACGGAAACGUGAUCUGGGCCGACACUGUUGGGUCGAUGCAGACGUUGAUCAUACAGGCACGUAAACUUGGCAUCCGACUGGCUUGCGAUGUGCCGGACAGUGAGCUUAGCGAGUUCAAGAGGAAGGUUCUAGCGUAUAAGACUCUGGACAGCAUUGAUGCUUCGAAAGCUGGCGGUGUUUCGUUUCUCAAGAACUAUGUUCUCAAGUACAGCGAGAACGGAGCAGCCAGGAGGAAGAAGAUGAGCACGGGGCGGGCAAAUGCGGGCUGGGAGGAUGAUUACGACGAGGGCCAGGAAGGUCCGGAGGAGAUAAUCCCCGGACUUUACGAGUUGUCCGACAAGAACGAGGUGAUGUACAGCCGACAAGAAAUUGCCCAUGCCAUUCAGCAGCUAUGGAACCACGACGAAGGGAUCCAGACCUGUUUCCAAAAAAGUCAUUUGUUUCAAUUAGAAGGAUCUGCCGCUUACUACUUCGACCAUGCCCAUCUGUAUGCUGAUGAAGAGUACUUGUGUACGGAUGAGGACAUUUUGAAGGGCAGAAUUAAAACCACGGGAAUCACAGAAACAAAUUUCAUCGUGAACGAGACAAAGUUCAAGAUCCUGGACGCGGGUGGUCAGAGAUCCGAGCGGAAAAAAUGGAUCCACUGUUUCCAGGACAUUACGUGUGCGCUGUUCGUUCUUGCGGUGAGCGAGUACGACCAGAUGCUGUUUGAGGACGAGAGAGUGAACCGGAUGCACGAGGCGAUCAUGUUGUUUGAGAGUCUGUGCAACAGCAAGUGGUUUGUGAACACGCCGUUCAUAUUGUUUCUGAACAAGGUGGAUCUGUUGGAGGACAAGCUGCGCCGGUCGCCGAUCCGCAAGUAUUUUCCUGAUUACAAGGGCAAGACCAACGACCUGGAAGACACAUUGCAGUACUUUGAGAAACUGUUUCUGAGUCUCAAUCGUGCCAACAAGCCUAUCUACGUGCACCGGACGUGUGCCACUGACGCCGAAUCAAUGAAGUUCGUCUUGACAGCAAUCACAGACAUGAUUGUGCAGCAGAAUCUCAAACGCAGUGGAUUGAUCUAG